UGAUGGGUUGGUUGCUUUCUUGUUAACAGAUAUUCGAACAUAUUACGGCCAGCAGUCUCAGGAGAGAGGUUUUCGUCAAAAAGUUUCAGAGAAACACGGCGCUGACUGCGAGGCAAAAUGCUGAAACCGUUUUUCGGUGCAAGAACAGAGGAACAGGACAGGUGGCACGAUACGUAUGACGAAGAUGAAGUCAUGGAAGCUGAAGACGAAGUUGAGAGGGAGCAUGACGAAAGGCGAGAGACCGAACGGGCCCGGCGGCAACAGGAAAGAGCCGAAAGAGAUCGCAGGGAGAGAGAGGAACGCGAGAGGAGGGAGCAACAAGAGCUGACUAGGAAGAUGACUGGACAACAGAGAAAGCUGAAAGAGGGGCUGGAAAGCUACACGGUCGGCUCAAAAGUUAACAUCGCCAAACAGGGAUUUGAUCACGUCAACAUAGCACUGUUCGGGCCCACUGGCAGCGGGAAGUCGAGUUUCAUUCAAAUUGCCGAAAAGAUCCUGUUGGGAAAGACCACGGCCAUUACCCAGUCGGAUGCCACGGAGGGGACUGUCAUCCUCCAGGAAUUCCUCACAGAUAAGAACUUCCGCUUGUUUGACACCAGAGGUUUCUUCGACUUGAACGAAACCAUGCAUCAAGAGUUGGAUAACAUCCUUUCCGGGAGAAUCCGGCCGUCCCAGGUAAUUCUGAGAAGGGAAGACGACAGAGAAUCUCUCCCCGCUGGUCAAGCCUUGAGGACGGGCUCUAUUCCACUGCAGGACAGGAUGCACGGCGUUAUCUGCAUUCUGGGCCACAAAGACCCGAAAGAGUACAGCAACAAAAUGAAAGAUAUUAGGAAAAGCCUAAAGAGUGAAGGAUACAGUCCAGUGGGUGGCUUGGCUUUUGUGAAUAAGACGGACUUUGACAACAAGGAGAAGAGAGAGUCACUGAUGGCCAAAAUGUCUGGAGCCAUGGGAAGUCCUAGAGACAGAACGUACGCUUUCGUGAACCAUAUUCUAACUGAAACUGAGACAUCCCCUGAGUCGGCCGUCAGUGUCCUGGAGGUCCUGGACACGGCCCUGAUUGCGGCGGAAGGAUACAUCAGGGUUCAGCAGCAGCGUGAGACGUACGCAAAAGAACGCGCGGAACCCACCAUAGAUGCUGCACACAUGUCUAUCAGAGACUUCAUCUCCCAACUCGCAGAGGAACACCACUGGGGCGAGGAAAGGGUGAAGGAGGUAGUUCAGAAGCUGGAAGAUGAAGACAUAUAUGACGUUGCUGGACUGAAGGAAUUCUGGGGCGAAGUGAAGUCAAGGCUUAAAGUCGGAAUGCGGUCUGCCGUUCAGACCGCUCUCAGUUUCCAAAGUGAUGAACAGAGUAGCGAGAACUAA